ACCGCAUUGGGAAGACGCAUAUCCCUUGAUAGGCAGCACCCCCUUUCAGGCAGCACUGCACACAACAACAGACACGAUAAACAGACAGACUAGCCAGAAAUUGAAUGAAACCCACCGUUGAUAAGAAAUGAUGCAUCACAAUGUUUAAGCGAGAUCACAUGAAGGCCACUUUACAUGUCGGUUCAGACAUAAAAAGCCUGUUUUCUUCAGAUACAAAACAGCACCGCUGGACAACCCUCGAUACUCAAUUUGAACCAAACCCUUAAUGAUUAUCCUCGACACCGUCUAUCCCAGGCAAGAUGUUGACCAACUUCCCCCACGAAAUCCUUUUGAUCAUAACCGGCCACCUGGAUCGGACCGAUAUCAUAAACCUUGCCAAGUGCAAUCGCCAACUCGACCUAAACAUCCGUCCUGCGAUUUUCAGAGAAAUUGAGAUCAAAGAUAAAUGCUUCUGGACCCUCAGCCAUCUCGUCCACCUGAUGUUGCGCAAACCAGCAUACGCACAAGCAGUGUGCGAUCUCCGCAUAACUCCUACGCGUGCGCCAUGCAGAUGCGGAAAGUGCAAUGACAUUGUUCUUGAUCGAGAGUUGAUAGAGCCAAUACUGAAAGCUAGCGUCGAUGAAACCGAAAAAGAAACGGUCUGGUACGAGGACUUGACCAAAGGAACAAACGCAGACGCAUGGGUUGCUCUCCUUCUGCCCCACCUGACGAAUCUCCAAGCCUUCCAUCUACCGCUUGAGUACUCGCCCUGGAUUGACCAAGUACUCCUACACGCAGAAAAUUGCAAGGAACUGUUCCCUGAAGAGCCGCCUCUCCUGCCACGCUUGACCAAGAUUUAUGCUAUCUGCAGUGAACCGACCAGGCGUCGAGGAGGAGGCGCUGUGCCGUUCCUCAGACUGCCAUCUUUGCGGUCAUUUCGUGCCAUAUGCAGCGUGUUGGAGACGAGGAAGACGCGAGAUUUAGAGAAGAUGCCGCAGGGCUUUUCCAACGUUACCGAUAUCUUUAUAAUUGCGAUGGCGUCGGAGCGUAGCUUGCAUUGGCUUAUCAAUUCCUGCAAACGACUCGAGUACUUUUUGUAUAUCCAGACAACGGGACGUGUGGCUGCAGCGAACAGCCCGAGCCGGGUUUGCAAGAGUCUCUAUCGCCAUCGGGAGACUCUGCAAUUGUUGGCCUACCGUGGGUAUGACGUGGAUAUCCCCAGGGUGGGCCAAAAAGAAGCCUCCAAGUCGGAUGUUGAAGACAGCAGCGACGACGAAAACAGCGACACCGACCUCAGGGACGAAUUCCUCGGUUCCUUGGCCGACUUUUCCUCUCUGAGAGGCAUUCACGUUCGUGCGAGCAACAUCGUCGAUCCCAUUGCUGACCCUGAUCCUACCCACGACAUGCGCCGUCUGAGUGAAUACCUUCCCUCCUCUCUCGACAUUAUCAAUCUAUACGACUUCACGUCCUGUGAUACUUUCCGUCUCACCACCCAACUUGAAUACCUCGUCUCCAUCGCCAGGCAGCACUUCCCAUGCCUUGUCAAAAUCGUCCUCGGUGUGGAUUUCCCCGCCUUUUCCUGCAAUAGCCACGAGUCAAAGCCUCCAUCCAAUGGUUUAUCCCCGGCUGAGCAGCAGCUGAGCUCACUGGCAGGUCAUGAACUGUACACAAGUUUGAAGAAGCUGUGCACGCUUUGUAACGAGGCGGGUGUUAAAUUUCGGAUUUCUCAUCGAAAGGGAAAUCGUCAAACUUUGACGGAUAUAAUUUGCGGAUAGUGUAUACAGUAGUGUAUUACUUCAUCAUCUAUCAUAUAAGAAUAAAGAACGUCUUAACCCAACUAGAUCUAGUUAUGCGGUGAUCUGCAGAGGAUAAAGAGUAUGAUGAUAAACAUCACGUGACAUAAGCCUGACGUCUGUCCAUCUCGAAUAUCAAAACAAAGAGA